AUGGCACUAGUUUUUGUCAGUGUUAUUUAUCGGAUUUUCUUCAAAGCAACCCUAAUUAUUCUUGUGUCCUUGUGUUUUUGUGCUUCUGUUCAGAGCACCAAUGCUUUCUGGCUGUGGGCUUUAAGCGGCAAUAAUUCCGGUGUCCGGCUAGCACCAGGCCCUCUUAUUUUAAUUCUUAAUGAAGAACACCAUCUAGCAAUUUUUUUUUUGAGAAUUAGGGUGGCCGGAUCUUCCUUCCGGACGGGUGCAAGGCUGUAUAGUAUGACAGAUUAUGUGGGUCUAGGUGAUUGUGACAGGUCUGAUGGGUAG